AUGGGGUCGAAGGCGGUUCGUUUUACCCUGGGCCUCUGGCUUUUGACCGGGGGGAUUUCCUUGCCCCAUGUGAGUGGCUGGGAACGAGAGGCAAUAUUGGAUCCAUUGGGCAAGGUGCAACUGGCAUGGACGCCUCAUCUCGAAACCAAGGUCAUCGAAUUUGAAUACACCGUCCAGACCCUGGGAUGGGUGGGAUUGGGAUUCUCUCCCACAGGAGGGAUGCGAGAUUCCGACGUCAUCACGGCUUGGAUCAAGGACGGACAAGUUUUUUUCAACGAUAGACACGUACCUGUAGACCAUGAACUUCCGAGAGUAGACGAUGUGCCCAAUUACAAUCUGAUUUCUGCUGUGGAAACGGACACAGCGACCAUCAUUCGAUUCUCGAGGGAAUUCGACACCUGCGACCUCGAACAGGACUUCUACAUCACGGGAGAUACGAUCAAAGUGAUAUAUGCCUACGGAGAAACAGAUCCGGAUGGAGCGGAUCCAUAUUAUCACGGAAUCGACAACAGGGGAACGAAAUCCUUGUAUCUACUCGACCCUCCACUAGGUGAGAUCCCGGACGAUCCUUCGAUCAAGGAAUGGAUUGUGAGCAGGGAAAUGGUGAUUCCGGAAGUAGAUACGACUUAUUGGUGCUCCAUCCAGAAGACACCCGUAGUAGACGUCACAAACCACAUCAUCGGCUACAAGCCGUACGUGAAGCCAGGGAACGAGAAGCACGUGCAUCACCUGCUCCUUUACGCCUGCAGCAUCCCGGAUGAGCUGGUGGACGUGUUCAACUCGUGGGCGGAGCAUGAUGGGGUCCUGUGCUACGGUCCCGAUCACCCUCAGGAAUGGUAUCUGUGUCGAAGCAUACUCAUCGCAUGGGCUGUGGGUGGUGAGAGGUCUGAUCGACUCCAUACAAAUGUACAGAUCAUCCCAUCGGGACAGAAGCAGUUCUUCCUUGCCGGCCACUGCAGCUCCCUCUGCACUUCGACCGUCUUCCCGCCCGAAGGGAUCCACGUCUUCUCCGGCCUUCUCCAUUCUCACUUGAUCGGAAGGAAAAUGCGAGUCCGGGUGUUCCGAAACGGCGAGGAAUUGCCCUGGCUGCUAAAUGACGACAAUUAUGACUUCAACUAUCAGCAGGUCCGAGUCUUUCGGGAACACAUCACCCUUUAUCCUGGAGAUCAACUCAUAAUGGAAUGCGACUAUGAUUCAUCGAAUCGGGAUUCUGUGACGGUGAGUGGUUAUGGAACCGCGGAAGAGAUGUGUCUGGGUUUCUUCCAAUAUUAUCCUGCUCUGAAUCUUGCUGCCUGCUUCAGUUAUCCCAAAUUCGAGGAGGUGUUCUCUCUGUUCGGCAUCACCGACCUCUGGGUCGACCAGGACGGGGGCUUUGACUACAUGGUGUCGGAGAACCAGACUCUGGUGGACUAUCUGAAUGAAUUUGAUUGGUCGGGCAUCGACAUGGAAGGCUUCCAGGACCUCAUGCGUUAA